AUGGAUCAGAAAAUAUACACCCCCACGCCCGCGACAGCUCGUAGAGCCCAAACCAUCGCGUCCAAGCACUCGAACGAGGAUGUGGCCGAUAUCCUCGAACGGCUCGAAUUGGCCAAAGCCGAGGCGGAGAAAGCUGCCGAAGCGCGAGUGCGCCCCUCUGUCCCCUCCGCACUCUCAGAAGAUGAGGACCGCAUUGUCUCAGCCGCCUUCCGUGACCGGCUCUUCAAGAGGUCUAGCGCUACCGCCGAAGUGCACGCCACAUCUAUCGAGCGUCUCCGGCCAGGCAAAUGGCUCAAUGACGAAAUCAUCAACUUUUACGGCGGCAUGCUCUCCAAGCGGUCGGCAGAGGACAAGACGGGCAAGCUGCCCAAGAUCUUCUACUGCAAUACCUUCUUCUUUGUCAAGAUGCAGGGCAAGUAUGAUAAGAGCUUUGGCAGGUGGACAAAGAAGGUCAAUAUCUUCGAUCUGGACCUCAUGAUUAUGCCGAUCAACGACGAUGGCAUGCACUGGGUCGCAGCCGUCAUGGAUAUGAAGGCGAAACGGGUCGAGUACUAUGACUCGAUGGGCGGGACAGAAGAAAAGGCGAACAAGGCAUACAAUACUAUCAUGAGAUACUUUGCGGCCGAACACGAGGCCAAGUUGGGUACCAAAUUCGACGCCGCCCCCUGGACAUUACAAUACCUGGCCGACACCACACCACAGCAAGAUAAUGGCGUCGACUGCGGUGUUUUUACGUGUCAAACACUAGAGAUGAGGUCGCGGGGCUUGGAGCUCGGGGCUGGGAAAUGGGUGUUUGGGGCUCGGAAUAUGCCGUUCCUCAGGCGGAUGAUGGUGUAUGAGAUUGCGGAAGGCAAGUUGUAUAAGCGGUGGUAA